ACGAAAAAUUCAUCAACUUUUUUCCCGAUCGUUGCUCGGUAUUUCACUGGAUUGGGAAGAAGAAAAAUUGAGUUUAAGUGCGGUGCGAAAUGGAGAAACUGACUUUACUAACGACCAACAUGGAGAUAUAUCGACAUCCUAGACAUGUUCCAGGUUACCUUGGAUAUACGCCACAGAUCAAGUUCACGUACGGUGAAACUUUUGGCAACACAACUGGCCGCUGGUUCCAGGACUACCGAGCUGCUACUUUGAACACAAGUAAAGAACGGAUGGGGAGGGGAGGGGACAAAUUUCUCCCCUUCCCUACUUACUAUACCAACAACCCUGAUCAUGUUUUGGGCGCUCGCACCAGAUCACGUGACCGAUGGCAAGCAGCGCCUAAAUACAAACUUUUUAAUGUAGAUGACAGGGAUGUGGCUAUCAAAAAGUAUGAUAAGGCUGCCCAACAUCAUCGGGAACAUUACAAAGACAGAACAGAAACAGUUCCACCUGUGAGACUUUUUAUCUUGCCAAAUGUGUUUCAUGAUACCAAGUCUCGCAGAAUACCUGCAGCGGGAAGAACUAAAAAUGAAGAAAGAGCAUUAGCAUACGCUAACCAAGUCUACAGGACAACGAGGAAUAAACCGCUGGCCAAGUCUAACGUGGAGGAACGCCGAAUACGUGACGUGUUUUUCGAGCAGAGAUAGCUUGGAUUAAUUAAUUGUACAUAGUUUGAAAUAAGAAAAUUUCUUGGUGUCUUUUUAUUUAUUUGAGUGAAAAGCGAAAUGGA